AUGGCCCAUAAUACCACUUUAACCAGCCUCCCUGAAGAAAUCCUUCUUCAGAUCUUCACCUACGUCUCAGAUUCCAGUACAAAAGAUACUAUUUCAAUACUAUCUACCUCCAAGAAAUUAAGCAGAAUAGCAAAACCUCUAGUUUAUAAUACAAUCUUACUUCCAGCUCGUAAGAAAUGGGGAAUAUACGAAUCAACAGACGUUCGAGAAAGGAUAAACAUCCUGGCCUCAAAUAUUGACGCUGUUGCACCAUAUAUUCAAGAAUUUGGGUUAUGUAAAGCAGAACCUGUACUUGAGAUCCGCGAAUCUGCCAAGAAGUUCCUGAUUUCUGAGGAGUUGGUGCCAGUUUUGGCGAAAAUACCAUCGGGGCAGUUGCGUUCUUUUAGAUGGGACAUCCGAGCCGACUGUCCAAAAUCAAUAAUAUCAAACCUCCACACCCACCAACAAAACCUCGAAACUAUCAUAAUAUACCAUCCAUCAUUCGACCGUGUCUCGGAACCCGCCACUUUCACUAAUAAACUAAAAACCCUAGUCACCAGUCCAAAACCCUUCGCCCUUGACCUGCAAGUUUUCCAAAACCUCCGUCAUCUUUGUAUAUACGGCCACGUGUACACCGCCAGCGAAGCAAAACAACUACUUAUGAACCAACUCCCAACUGCACUCAAAACCCUCAAAACGUUUACAAUGGUGAAUCUAACCCAUGGUCACCAACUUUGGCCUUCGUUCAGUGGUGUCGACACAUCCGUCAUUAAAAAAAGUAAAAAGUUCAUGGGGGUUACAUACCCCUAUUUGGAAACGUUUGCUUACGAUGAUAAUGCUUUUGGUGCUAUGUUUUCCAAGUAUAUUAGCUUGGAGAGUAUAUCACAGUUUCCGAACUUACGAGCUUUGCAUUCUAGGUUUUUCUUAUCUUCAACUUUGCUUUCGAAUUUUGAUCCAAAGGUACCGAUUCGUUUGAAGACGCUGGAGGUACAAGGGUGUGGUAUGGAGAUACUAUCUAAUUUCUUAUUGGCAUUUAAAGGUCUUCAAGAUCUAGAUGUAUUGGUUUUACUUGCGGAAGAUUAUCCAGAUCCAGCUCCGAUUUUGCACCAUGCAGAGACAUUGAAGCGAUUGGUAUUAUGGAGGGUGGUUCGACCUUCUGGGCGAUUACCGAGAUUGGCGCCCAUACCUUUCGCUUUAAUGAGAUCAUUAGGGAAGGGAUUAGGACGGUUAGAGGAAUUCUGUGCUACCCUUCCUCAAGAAUAUGAUCCAUUCGAAGGGAACCUUUUCCCAGAACUAAAACUCCUUUGGCUAUACAAUACCGACUCUAACUACUCAAGAAUAGACGCUAUCCCAGAAUACCCAUGGAUCCCACCUACAAACGACGAAAUCAAAUCCCAUCCACAAUGGGUCAUUAAGAACCAAACCUUACAACUAGAUAUCACCGCCCAUCCCAACCUAACCAUUCCAAAAAACCUAAAAGCCCUCGCAAUAGGUCACUGUAGCCGGGUUAUAGACCUGGAAGCUGAAACAAGCUUUGGCUCGGUCAUUAACUUCAGCCGUACCGAAAGACUUUAUGAACGUGUUAGAGAAGAGAAUGAUACGGUUAUUUGGAGGAGAAUUGGUAUGCGUGAGCUUGCGAGGAAAUAUCCUGAUCUAUUAUCGCCUUAUGAAGACACUUUUGGGGUACCCCUUAUGAAACGGCACUAUAUCUUUGGCAGCACCGAAAAGGACGGUUUACUUGACCCACUCGAAGUUCUACCGAAUAAUUAG